AUGGCGAGUAAACUCGAGGCUAGUGAGGCUACACCGUCGGGAUCUUCGACGGGCGUCAUGCUUCGUGAGCACAGCAAUGAGAAUUUGCUCAAGUUCGACACCCACGACAAGUACUCUACGACGUCUGCUAUUAGAAAGAUGAUUAUGAAGGAGCUUCCGCCACCCAAGACGAAUCUGCCCCCGCAGCCGUUGUUCAAUGGUCUCAUCCGCAUCGGAAAAAAUCCGAAUUCACCUCUUCUCUUUUUGGCAUUCCAGACGCCCGAAGAAAGCGCCGCUGCUGCCGAGCUACUGCGGGGGAUGCUCUUCAGAGGAAAAAAACAAUGGUACGAGGUGCCGGUGACACAACGGGAUCUCCAGCUUACCCACAAGGGCGGUGGAAAAAAGCGGUCGCGUGACGAGGAGACAGCAGAGACCUCAGGGCAAAGCAAAGUGUCAAAGUGGGAGGGCUGUGCAAUAGAGGAGCAGCUCUCGCGGAAGAAGCGUCACUGUCUGCAGGUCAUGAAGGCGAUUGCCCCUUCAAAGGAGACGUAUGAGCAGCUCUUCACGGGCAUUCACGCAAGUCCCGAAUUAACUGGUUAUCGCAACCAUGUUCAGCUCUCGUUUGGUUACACGGAGAGUGGCGAGCCCUCAAUUGGGUUUCUUAAAGGUUCUAUGGUGGAGGGAACGUGCGCCAUCGACUCCGUACUGGAAAAGGACAUUGUGACCAUGCAUCCGCUGGCGAAGGCGGUGGCACACACUGUGCUGUCAGUACAGAAUGAGUUCUCCGCCCCCGACAAGGGUGGGUUGAAAGUAUUUGACAAAAUAACACAGCAGGGGUUCUGGCGGAAGCUUCAGGUGCGACACAAUGUUCUUGGUGAAACUAUGGUAGAUGUCGAGGUCGACAUUGAAAGUGUUGAGGAAUCAGUGGCAAAUGAAGUGAAGGAGCGACUAUCGGCUGUGCUGCAAAGUGACGAUCUGAAGACGCAGUUGCAAGCGGUCACUGGAAAGGACACUGCUGCCAUUGUAAGUGCGCAGUAUCACCACGGCACUGGAAUCAGUUCCCCUCCGUCGGACGUGCCACGUCACAUUCUUUUUGGUGCGCCGACACUUACGGAGCACCUCUCGGGUCGUCAGUUUGAGCUAAGCCCCACAUCCUUUUUCCAGAUCAACACGGCAGGGAUGGAGUUGCUGCUGCGCGAGACAGUGGCGGUGGCGGCGUUGAGUACGGCCACAACGCUGCUGGAUCUCUGCUGCGGCACCGGCACCAUAGGCCUUACUCUCGCACGGUACGUGAAGCGGGUGAUUGGCAUAGAGCUCGUGGCGUCGGCAGUGCAGGAUGCGAAGCUGAAUGCCGAGCGCAACAAUGUGACCAACGCCACGUUUCACUGCGGGCGUGUAGAGCAGCUCCUGCCUGACGUCAUCAACGCGUUGCCAGCAGAAGACCGAGCCGAUAUUGUGGCUAUUCUCGACCCUCCCCGGGCCGGUGUGACACCGACCGUGCUGAAGUGGAUACGCGGCACCCCGACCAUUCGACGGGUGGUAUACAUCUCCUGUGAGCAGAAGGCACUGGAGCGCGACUGCCCGCCGUUGACGAAGCCUACCACGAAGGCGUACCGCGGGCUACCGUUCGUGGUGGCGGCGGGCUUCGCCGUGGAUCUCUUCCCCCAUACUCCGCACGUGGAGAUGGUGGUAGUGCUUGCUCGCUGUGAGGAUGAGGCGAGCGAGGGCGAAUAA